AUGACAGUGGUCUAUGUGGAUCUAACACCAUCAAUGGGAUGUGCUCAGGCCUCUCCUCUUGCUGUUGAGAUUCUACUUGUGCAUGGAGUUACCAUAGCCCAGUGGGAUAUUGAUGUGUCUAAUCCCCCACUCUGCAUCUGGCAGCAACCAUUAGCUACCACUCAGGAGACAGCCCCAGUUCGGCCUUGGCGCCGUUCUGGCCCCGGGGGCUGCUCGGGCGGGGCCGGCGGGGCGGGGGGGCCGCGCUGCCGUUGCCAUAGCAGCGCCCGCCGCCGCCGCAGCAUCCUCCGCAGCAACUUUCCCCAGCUCCAAAGCGAGCCGAGGCGGCGGCGGCGGCGGCCGGGAGGGACGGGACGGGGAGGCGAGGGUCCGUCGGUGGCUGCGGAGCGGCGGUCGCUGCCAAGUCCUGCCCGCCGCGCCUGGGAGCGCCCGAGCCCCGCCUGCGGCUCCCCGGGGGCAGCGCGGAGCCAUUUUGCCGAGCGGGUGGGCGGAGGGUCCCGGUCCCGGUCCCGCUCGGAGCCGGGUCCCGUCCUCCCCCGGCACCUUCUCUUGUCCGCUGCCGCCAGCGGCCGAGGCGCGCUGCUUCUGCUUGAUCUCGUCCUCGGGCAAGAAUCGCCCAGCAUGCCGAUCGCCCACUUGCUGGAGCUAUGGAAAGGGAUAGAGGUGGAACCCAUGGAGACGGAGACUGUGGUGGAAGAUUCUGUCCUGGAUGAAGAACCUGUAAAAGAGGUUAUGUUAACAAGAUGACAACCUUCUUGCUCUCUGCUUCUGCAAGAACACUGGCAGUGGGUGCUUCCUGGGGCAAGAACGUGCUUCAGGGAAGCAAGGACCAUGUUGAAAUCAUUAACAUUAAAUAAAUUAAACUUGC